UUGAGAGCUGCACAAGGAAACAACAAGGAAAAAAACCUUCUUGAGAAUCAGCUCAGCUGAAUUGUUUAUUCAGUGCUAAAGACCACACUGCCGGACAAACAGAAGUGAACUGAAAACUGAACCAAACCAAGCCAGAAGACUUUAGACAGAGCGCUGGACGAUGUCUGUGAACCCCAGAGUUGUUCACAAGAGGAGGGCGACAAUCACAGCUCUGCCUCUCUACUACUCUGGACACCUGCUGAAGAAACACACCGAAGACAAGGAUUUCAAGAGUUACUAUGGAGAGCUCCGCGGAGCCACGCUGUUCCUCUACACGGAUGACACACAGGAUACAUACACUGAGAAGCUGGACCUGGAGCAGCUCAAGUCCAUGGAGUUAAAUUCUCCGUAUCAGAGGAAGACGCCAACCAUCUUCACUCUCACCCUGCUCAGCGAGGAGGUGCAGCUGAAGAUGGACAAUCCUGACACGGGUGAAGAGUGGAGGGGUUACAUCCUGACUGUGGUCAAAAAGCAGAUUCCCAGUAAGCUGCAGCUGCUGCCUGGCCAGAUGUUGCUGCUGCAGGAGGCUCUGGAUCAGGAGAGAAGAAGAAACCCCCCCGUGUUGCGUCCACCUCUCCCGCCUCGACCAGCUUUCCUGCGCCCGGCCUCACCAUGCCCCUCCCCUGUACCAGCCAAAGACAAGCCAGACAACAGCAUCCUUGACAUGCCUUCGUGUUUCCUCGAUGUGUCUCGGGAAGAGGCUGAGAGGAUGUUGUGCGCGAACCCGGAAUAUGGAAGCAUCAUCCUUCGCCCAUCCACCAUGGCCAACAACUACGCCCUGACCCUCAGACAACAGACCUCCAGAGGGCAUGUCAUGAAGAACUACAGAGUGUCCUCUUCAAACUCAGGGUUUGUCAUUGAACUGGAAACAGCAUUGACAGUGUCCACCCUGAAUGAUGUACUUAAAUACUUCCUUGAAAAGACAGAGUACCGUCUUCAACCCUAUAUGGCAUCUCAGCCCUACGACACUCGGAUCGAGCCGUCACCUGCUCCAAAGAACAUCAGCAUCACUUCACCUGCACUAAAAACAGUACCCAAGGCACAAGUGGCACCUAUGCUGCGGUCGCAGACCAAAGAGGAGUCUCUGCCCCCUCCAACCAAGCCAGCAGAGGGUGAAUACGUGGUUCCUGAUGACCACAGGCCUGAUGAACACAAACUAAAACUAGAUCAGCUGGACAGUGAGCUUCGCCAAGUUUUAAGAUUACGGAGGGAAAGCAUCCAGACUGCAAGUGGCGAGGACGAAAUGUAUGAGAAUCAACCCACUGAAAAAGCCCUCUCCUGCACAGCGCAGUGGACAAAGAGUGAAGCAGUGUGACUCAUGAACUAUGGUUGCUCAGUAAGAACCUCACAAGACUGCUCAUUUAAUGUAUAACUUUGAUCCUCAGCUGCUAGAUCGCAAGCUUCCCAGUGGAUUAAACAUAAUUCUGCCACUUUUUGGUGCGUAUGAGGGACAAAUUAAAAGGAAGCUUGUAAGAAAAUAGAUAAAGCAAUGAUAAAUAGAUUCAGUAAUGAAUUUCAACCAUAUAGACCUCAAAUCUCUUCUCUCUCUCUCUGUAUGUUUGGAAGUUGAAUGAAGCUACAUGUUCAAUAUGAAACAACGACACUACAAGACCAAGUUGAAUAUUCACUAAGAGUCUGCAGGCACGCCAGCAGGCCUGUGAGGCUGUACUCAGGCACAGCAGUGAUUUGAGCAUGUUAACAAAUUAAUGCUGACUUUGUGACGUUCACCAACUUAGUUACAAAUGUCUCAGCAGUACAGUUAAAAGUUAUUGAGAUGUGUCAAUAAAAAAAAAAUUUUUAAACUCUCUCAUGGUAUUAGAGGAAACGUGAGGGGAUCACCAAAACCAUUUCAAAAAAAUCAUCUGUGAUCAAUGAAUGUGUGCUGAAUAUUUUUGUGCCAACUGUGUUUAGUAGAUGUUGAGGAAAAGUCAGAGGAACUCCAAAGCCAAUAGAAUUUAUCCUCUAGAGCCCGUGAAUAUCUGUAGCAAAUUUCAUGAAAAUUCAUCCCUCUAGAUGUUUGGAUAUUUCAGUCUGGACUAAACUGGUGGACAGACAGACCACCUCUGCCAUCCCUAAAGCAAUGAUGCUACCAUGGGUGACAAGCUUAUUUUUACUCAUCAAUUUGUCUCCCUUUUGAUUGUUUACAAAUCACUCUAUUAGGGUGAGCAUCACUGUUAAAUCGAGUACCAAGACAUCUAAAUGACAAGAGCUUUGUGAUACCGACGACUUCGUGAACCUGAUUCAAACAGGUUAGAAUAUGAUUUCAGCUCGGGCUGCAUAUAAUAGUUAUUUUCUCAAUUCACCUUUUAGUCAGAUCGUCACAUUUGAGAAGCUUGGACCAGCAAACGUUUAUUAUUUUUGAUUGAAAAGUGACUCAAAAUGUCGGAUCGAUCACCAAAACAGCUGCCAAUCAAUGACUGAACGUUGCAGCUUUAGUUUCAACUACAUGUGAUAUCCAUGUUUUAUGUCUCACAGCUUGAAAGCUUAUCAAGCCCUUCUGUUUUUACUCAAUAUCUGUGUUUCAAGUGUUAAAAAUGAACAGAACACAAACGUUGCGUGAACCAAUUAUUAUACAGAUCACGAUUGUCCAUUUUUGAUGUGAAAGAAUGACAUAACUGUAAAAAUAUCACAUGACAGACUCGCAUGAAGAAGAAGAUGCAACCAUAAUCAAGGUUUAUCAUUAUUCUUUAUUUUCCACACAUAGGAGUAAGCCAACAUAAAUGUUUCAAAUGUUAUAAUCAUAGUUUUUAUAAGUUAUUCCAUUAAAAUUGUAUUUUCAUAUUUUUCAUCAUCAUGGAUCAUGUUAUAGGUUUAAAGUUUAAGGAUCAUUUAUCACUCAAUAAAGACAGCAAGUCUGUGAAAAAUAGUCAAUAAAAAAAGAAAAACAAAGACUCUCCCUUUUGUCUCCUCCUUCAUGUAGUGUGUGUCAGAGUACCUCUUCUUAUUUAAUACCUCCCACAUGUGUCACUCACACUCAUUUCUUAUAUUCUGGUCCUUUAUGCUCUCCUGUAGCAGCCUUCAUGUGAGAAAGACAAAUAAAAUAUCUGCAAUAACUUAAUAUCUCAGGAUUUAAAAAAAUAAAAAUAAAAAUAAAA